UGUGUCUCUCUCUGUGAGAGAGAGAGAGAGCGCGCGUGUAUGUUCUCGUUAGGGGACAAUCUAUGAUUUGACAGCCUCGCUGCUGCCGCUCCUGCUGCUGCUGCUGUGGCGGCUGUAUGGGCUGUCAUUAGUUGAAAGGGCUGCGAGGGUUUGAAGGAACUGCAGUUCUGAGGACUGAGCACUGCUGAGUGGUCUCCCUGUCAAACAGAGUAGACGAGAUUGUCUGCAGAAUUGGAAACUUGAACCUAUUACCACUUCAUCUACCCAGAAAAGCAAGCAGCACUACAGAGGAUAAGGGGGAUAGAACCUCUGCGAUAAAAGUGGGCACCGCACAGAAGAUGUUUUGAGAAGUGUGUGUCUGAGAGAAGCUUUUAAGCCAAUAAAGAUGGAAAACGAGACCAUCAGUGAAUUGAACCAAACACAGCUUCAGCCACGAGCAGUGGUGGCCCUAGAAUACCAAGUGGUCACCAUCUUACUUGUGCUCAUUAUCUGUGGUCUGGGCAUCGUGGGCAACAUCAUGGUAGUCCUGGUGGUCAUGAGAACCAAGCACAUGAGGACACCCACAAACUGCUACCUGGUGAGUCUGGCAGUAGCCGAUCUCAUGGUCCUGGUGGCUGCAGGCCUUCCCAACAUCACGGACAGUAUCUAUGGUUCCUGGGUCUACGGCUAUGUUGGAUGCCUGUGCAUUACUUACCUCCAGUACUUGGGAAUUAAUGCCUCCUCUUGUUCAAUAACAGCCUUCACCAUUGAGAGGUACAUAGCAAUCUGUCACCCCAUCAAAGCUCAGUUUCUCUGCACAUUUUCCAGAGCCAAAAAGAUCAUCAUCUUUGUCUGGGGUUUCACAUCCAUUUACUGUAUGCUCUGGUUCUUUUUGCUGGAUCUCAAUAUUAGCACCUACAAAGAUGCUAUUGUGGUGUCCUGUGGCUACAAGAUCUCCAGGAAUUACUAUUCACCUAUUUACCUAAUGGACUUUGGUGUCUUUUAUGUUGUACCAAUGAUCCUGGCCACUGUCCUCUAUGGAUUCAUAGCUAGAAUCCUCUUCGUAAAUCCUAUUCCUUCAGAUCCUAAAGAAAACUCUAAGACAUGGAAAAAUGAGUCAACCCAUCAGAACAAGAAUUUGAAUUUAAAUACCUCUAAUAGAUGUUUCAACAGCACAGUGUCUUCAAGGAAGCAGGUCACCAAGAUGCUGGCGGUGGUUGUAAUUCUAUUUGCCCUAUUAUGGAUGCCCUACAGGACUCUUGUGGUUGUCAACUCAUUUCUCUCCAGCCCUUUCCAAGAAAAUUGGUUCUUGCUCUUUUGCAGAAUUUGCAUUUAUCUCAACAGUGCCAUCAACCCAGUGAUUUACAAUCUCAUGUCCCAGAAAUUCCGUGCAGCCUUCCGAAAGCUCUGCAACUGCAAGCAGAAGCCCACAGAGAAACCCGUUAACUACAGUGUGGCCCUAAAUUACAGUGUCGUCAAGGAGUCAGACCAUUUCAGCACAGAGCUUGAUGAUAUCACUGUCACUGACACUUAUUUGUCUGCCACCAAAGUGUCUUUUGACAACACCUGUUUGGCUUCUGAGGUAACCUUUAGCCAAAGUUGAUUUGUGAAUUAGAAGAAAAUGGACCAUAAAGUAAAUGAGAAUCUGUGCAGUUAUCAACAAAAGAGAGGAAAGCGCCAAUACUUGUAUAUGACGACGGAUAAAAUCUUUGCCAGUGCUCUAACAAGUCCUGGCCCUACUUUAACCCAUGAGAAUAAUUCAGAUUUUCCUUCUUAUAAAACUAGUACCAUAAAAAAAUGGAACAGGUCUAUAAAAUAGCUAAAUGAUGGAAACUGAAAGUGUAGCCCUUUUCAUUUAAAUUGAGAAAUUCACUAUGUUUCCUGGGGCUAUUGAGUUUUGAUAAAAUCUAGACAUCACUUUACAUUAUUGACAAUAACCUUAUCAAAUGUGAUUUCCCAAUCCCCCCCUAAAAAAUUAUCUAUACAUUUGGUCAUUUGGCAACAUGCAGAUUUCUUAAUAUUUGCAUUUAAUAUAUCAUUUUAACAAAGUACAGUGCUAUUUCAUGAAUAUCUGAGACUACAAGGGAAAAUAUUUAAAAAACAUUUUAUUUAUUGAAUAAAAAUGAAAUUUCAGACAAACAUGUUCACUAUACUAAAAAAUUGUCAUCAUGUUUAUAAAGUUCUGAGAUGAUUUUUGUAUCUUACAAAGUUAGUGGUCAUUCAACUGUAAUAUAAAAUAAACCUCAAAAUAUCCAAAAUUAUAAAUUGAGAAGACAUGUAGAUUUGAUUUUGAGAUACGUCCAGCUCUUAUCAACUCUUUGAGCCUCCUAAAUGAUGAAUGGGACAAGAGAAAUAUCCAGAUUAAGUCACUGUGAAGAUACAAACUAACCUACAGUUAAUAUUGAAAAGUAUAGCCAAGACAAGACCAAGUAUUUAUAUGUUAAUAAUAAGGUUUUGCUUUUUCCCUGAAACUCUUAAGGAGAAUGUCCUUUUUGAGCAUUCUUAUGUGUAAACUACUGAGACAUGUCAAGUGAAUCCUUCUAGCUGAAUCUAGCUUAAAAGUCUGAAACAUUCUCAAAGGUUUAGUUGUUAUUCUAAGUCAGCCAAAAUCUGUCACACUUCCAGAUGAAGAGCCCCCACUAAGAAUUGUAGUCUAUAGAUUUUAACUUGUCUGCAAUUGUCUUUCCUUCCUGCCUGCUUGUCAUUUAUAGGUUCUUUUUUUUUUUUUUCCAAAUGCUGGUGAUAUUUUGUUCACAGAUUUUAAAUCAAACCAAUGCAAAAUUCUGUUGGCUUUAUUUUCAGUAGAAUUAAAACUAAUUUCAUCGUA